CAGCGUGGGAAAGGGAUGGUUGAGUUUUAACCAGAGGGCAAGUGCGAGGGGGGAAUCAGUGUGUGUGUGUGUGUGCAGCGGGAGCAGCCGAGCGCACGGAGACGCCGCCGUCGCCGGGGUUAACUCCUCCCUGCCCGCCGUCUUCCCUCCGAGCGUGCCGCCGCUGGUGCCUGCUGCGAGCGCCGGCAUGAAGCGUGUGCACCCCGACUACAGCUCCUCCGACAGCGAGCUGGACGAGACCAUCGAAGUGGAGAAGGAGAGCGCCGACGAGAAUGGAAACUUGAGUUCGGCUCCUGGUUCCAUGUCCCCAUCUACCUCUUCCCAGAUACUGGCUAGGAAACGUCGCAGAGGCAUCAUUGAGAAACGCCGGCGAGAUCGAAUCAAUAACAGUUUGUCGGAGCUGAGGAGAUUGGUACCCAGUGCUUUUGAAAAGCAGGGAUCAGCUAAAUUAGAAAAAGCAGAAAUUCUGCAGAUGACUGUGGAUCAUCUCAAAAUGUUGCAUUCAGCAGGUGGAAAAGGCUAUUUUGAUGCUCAUGCUCUUGCCAUGGACUACCGGAGUUUAGGAUUUAGAGAAUGCCUUGCUGAAGUUGCCCGUUACCUUAGUAUCAUUGAAGGGCUAGACACGUCUGAUCCUCUUCGGGUUCGGCUUGUCUCUCAUCUCAACAAUUACGCCUCUCAGCGGGAAGCUGCCAAUAGCGCACACACGGGCAUUGGACAUAUUCCCUGGGGCAGUGCCUUUGGACAUCCCCCUCACAUCUCUCAUCCCUUGCUGCUGCCACCACCACCGCCCCAGAAUGGCCACAGCAACAGCAGCCCUACAGCAUCCUCCACAGAACCGCACCACCAGGGGAGAAUGACAGCAUCCCAUGCUGACACCACUUCCUUGAGAGUGCCCCCUAACGGCAGCCUUGGACCCGCGCUGCCUGUGGUUACUGCCUCUUCCAAACUCUCUCCUCCUCUGCUCUCUUCCGUGGCAUCCCUGUCUGCGUUCCCCUUCUCCUUUGGUUCCUUCCAUUUAUUGUCCCCGAAUUCACUGAGCCCUUCAACACCAACACAGGCAACAAACCUUGGCAAGCCUUAUAGACCCUGGGGGACUGAGAUUGGAGCUUUUUAAAGAACUAAAGCUUUAGGAGGGAUGGGGGAUAGCUUAAAAAUCCAGCUGAGCUGGAUUGUUGCCAACUUCACCUUAAAAUUAUAAAUGAAAGUGAAACGGAAAAAAGGUACAAUUUUAGAUAAAAUUUGUUUAAGAACUAUAAAAAUUGGCUGGUUUUCUUCUCUCUCUCUCUCUUUUUGGUUUUUACAUUUUGUAUUAGUUUUUUUUUAAAUUAGUUGCUAAACUUGUCCCAAACAUUAAAUUGCAGUGGUGGAUAUGAACCAACAUCCUGUGAUGGGUUUGUACUAAGUGUCUAAUCCACUUUGUAAACAUGUAUUACUGUUUUAAAAUGAUUCCACUUUUGCCUGAAAACUUUGGAACUUUUAAUUUAGUAUUUUGUUAUGUUUUUCUUGUUUAGCUACAACUUUUUAGAUUUUUUUCCAAACCACUAUGCUCAGCAUUAACAUAAAUUCUGCUUGUGAAUAUUUUGACAGAUUAAGAUGUUCUAUAAGAAAUCACUACUUUUUGUGGGGGGUAAUCUAUAUUCUGAUUUUUGUAUUUCUGAACAAAGCGUUGACAAAUCAGAACAAUCAGCUUCAUCCAAGACAAGAAGAAUGAGCUGUCUUUCUCUUGGAGCAGAUGGGCGAAUUUUGUGGGUACCUAAUUUGGGUCCUUGACCAAACUGUUGUUAGGAGUGUGGUGUGAUUGACAGCUUUCACCUAGGGAAUAAUCACUCCUGGCCUAGCAAAAGUGUGACAGGUCAGGAUUUUAUGGAUCUUGGUGUAAACUACUGGGGGUGGGAGAAGAGGCAGCUGGGAGACUAAAGUUACAGAAUACAACCUGCCUGAAUUUAUCAGGCCCUGGCCAAUAUUAUGAAUAUCUUUAUUCUUAAGAACUUCAAAUUCAUUUGAAACAUUACAAUGGAUAAUUAUCCUGGUGUGCUAGAGGUCGUUCAUUCAAGUAGACUUGUGGAAACAUUGAAUGUUUAAUUUUCUCUUCCCCACUCCCCUCCCCAUGUAUUCUUUUACCUGGAAAACUAUUAUCUGUCACUUUCUGGUGCACAGGAAUUUGGUUACUGAGGACUUUAAAAGGGCUCUUCUGCAUUCUCGUUAUGGUUUGUUUAAUUUGGUUCCAUCUGUGAAAGAAGCAUUUUAAACAGGUUUAUUUCUUUCAAAGGUAUAUUUUUAAGUGGCCUCCACUGAAUUGGAUUUGAUCUCCGUUGUAUUGAUG